CAACAACGAGCGGCCCAACAGACUGAAACUAGCAAAGCAUGAUCGUAUGAGUUGAAUGUUGAUGUUCCCUGUUUUGUAAAAAGAGAAGGCUACACAAGCAAAGGGCAGCUGAUUCCCUCCACCCAAGACAAGUCCAGCAGCGGAAGCUCUCUUCAUAGCAGAAGAUCUAAUCCCUCUCCCUCCUCAGCAGCAGCAGCAGCGGCAGAAGAUCUUGCAGGCGCAAAAAAUGUCAGUAUCAUCAGAGAGAGGAGGGGAAGACGGUCGCUUCCCUCCUUUGUCUUCUCCUGGCGAACAGACCGUCUGGGCUGAUGUUUCCCUUCUUUUAGACGCCGCAUGCACCGAUCUUCAAGAUGGUGAGCUUAUUCAUGGAGAGAAUUUUAGUCUCUUUGCUGCUAUGUCUGCCUUGGAGAUAAUGGAUCCAAAGAUGGAUUCUGGUAUGGAAAAUUGUGGAUAUCAUUCUGUUGAAGAAGCGAUUGAGAAUGGUGCCGCUCCCAUUCCUCUAAGUUCUGAUAGAACUGCUGAUAUUCAAUGCACUAUAGAUGUCAUGGACCACCUUUUAGCAUGUGAGGCAACAUGGCACAAGGGUCAUUCACUUGCACAGACUGUGUUUUCGUGCAUCUAUCUUUUGAGGAUCGAAAGAACAUCCUCACAUGCCUUGUUGCAUUCUUAUUGUAGAAUCAUUCGCUCGACCUGCAACACUGUCAUUUCAGUUGUCUCAGAUGCACGUACCCAUGAGGAAGAGGAUCUUUUUACGAUGGCUUAUGGUUUGCCUUUGAAAGGAGAGGGUGAUGAGAAAUGCCUAUCAAUUCUAAAUGCUGUGGAAGAAACACUUUCUCGUCAAUUGCGUGCUUGCAAAGCCCCAACUUCUAAAAAGAAAGUGUUAGAAGAUAUCGAACCAUUACAAUCUAAUAUUGAUCUAGAAGAGGGAUAUUGCAAAGCUUUACUCUGUCGUUUACGUUUUCGUAAGCACUUCUACCAUGUUGUCUUGUGUAUGAGGAAACCUCAAGGAAGAGGUUUGGAAUUGGCAAAGAAACAUAUAGCAUUGUGCCUAUCGGAGCUAGAUUGCAUUCACAGAUCAUUGGAAUUCCUUAGAUCUAAUGCAUCUGGAUUUUGUCAAGAUGACAAUGAAGAUAGAACUACAGCUUCUGGUUGUAAACCUAUUGGUUUUGAUUCUAGUUUGAAUAGCAGAUUGUCAGCCCCAACUCCACCACGUGCAAUCAAACUACUCAGCUGGAAAGAGGCUAUCGAGUAUUUUGAGAAGCUUCUUCAUGAUUUCGACAUUAUUUGUUCCUUCUCUAUGGAUUCAUCAUUAGAGGGUGUUCUCCGCUUUGUGGUUCAGUUUCAGAAAACACAACCUGACUUGGUUGCAAGAGCUCAUCUUCAGCUUCUAUUGGUUCAAGAUGGGAAGCUUUAUGGACGGGAUCCUUUUUAUGAUGUGAUCUCUCGAGCCUUAGCAUUACCUGAACUUACAAGGAACCAUGAACUUCAGAAAAAUGAAUUCAUUGUACGACUGGGGCAGCUGGUGGUCAACUUGCUUAAAAUUCUUUGUACAAAUGCUGCAUGGCAACGGCGUAAGCUUGGGAAAAUUUUACAAGAUUGGAGUGUUACCUCCAUCCAGCUGGAGCUAGCCUUAAAGAGGGAGUUUGGAGAGAGGUCAAAUAUUUCUAUCGAUGAGAAUGUAUGCAUGAAAUUGUUGAAACUUCUCCUUAUUUGGGCUGAGGAACAGACAUACUGGAUUGCUUCUCGUUUCCUCACGUUGGGCUUCGAACUGGAACUCUAUUCUCCUAGUGAAUACUGCAUGGUUUAUUGGUAUAUGUACGUUGUCUUGAUCAAGCUCUUAGAGAAGUCACAAGUCAAAAUAGCUGGGAGCAUUGAUAGUUCCAAAAGAAAAGGGAGGAAGAAGAAGGAGCUUCCGAAGGAUGCAACAAGGGAAGUGCACAUCUCACCUUCAAUCUUGUUACUUCGGUGCUACGUUUUCCUCUCUGAAGGGCUUGCAAUGAUGCUUGCAGCUCUUAACAAUGAACAUAAGAUCUUUCAAAGGCCAAGCAUUUUCAAUACCGAGCAGGAGAGGUUCAUCCAGCAUUUUGAGCUUUUACAAAAAGCUCACAUUCCGGACCACAUUUCAUACGUAUUGUUUAAAGAAUCGACAUUCCGCGCCAAUAUCACCACUGUAAUUAAGUACAAUUAUUUUGGAGAUGCCCAAAGAAUUUCAAAGGACCUAAGGAGUAGUUUUUCCAGCGACCCAGAGAGGUUGGCAGAGCUUCGACAGAUAGAGCAGGUUGCCGAGCACAAUCGGAUAGCCCUAAAUGUCAUUCACCAAGCUGGGGCCCACGACCCAUCCCUUAAGGUAUCGUUUGAGUUCAGUCACCACCCAUGCUUUGCCGUCGCCGUUGUUAAAAGAACAUGAUUUUUUUCCCUUGGCCUACCAAUUUUGAAUCCUUCAUAAACGGGCCUCUGAGGCAUUGAGCUACGCCAGCUGCAUGUUCUUAAUCCUUCUUUUUUUUUUUUUUUUUUAAUAUUUAUAUAUGUUCCAUUUUUGUAAUGAAAGUUAGUUGAGCUUAGAUGGACGAAACAGCAUCGUUGUCAUGGCAUCUGGCAAAUGGCUGCCCUGGCUUAAUGUUAUAGUACGGUAUUGUUGAUUUCUUUGCUGCAAGAUGUUUCAUCUUUGCAAAAUAGUUACGGAUGGUGUAUGUAUUUUGGAUUAGAUUAAAAUGUUCUGAAUUGUUUUUUA